GACUGUAAUCUGCGCUCGAUUGAGACUUCCUGUGUGUGGCAGGCGAGCGCGUAACCAGCACUGCCUGCGGACUAUUACACGGUAACACUCUGUAAAACUGCUAACUGGACUCACAAAAGUGCUCUUUUUCACUUCCAAUUGAAGGGAACACCAAGGUACACCUAAAAUGUUGUCAGUUAAACGUUGACUGCGCAAACUGAAGAGCUAGAUCCUCGGUGCGGGUCAGCACAUCUCACCCGACAAACCGAAAAGGGAGGAGAGGCCAAAAAGACAACUGCAACUGGAGGAAAAGUGUCUACAAUCCUUACGGAUUGCGGCGACGUCGAAGAUUAUCGGGGCACGAUGGCCACGGAGGAACUGUACGAGGUGGAAAGAAUAGUGGGCAAACGAAAAAACAAGAAGGGGAAGACGGAGUACCUGGUCCGAUGGAGAGGAUACGGCUUUGAGGGAGACACCUGGGAGCCGGAGAGCCACCUGUCCAGCUGCAUCGAGUUCAUCCACGAGUUUAAUCGUCACCACAGCGAAAAGCAGAAAGAUGGAAGUUUCUUCCGUUCCACACGCAGCUCUCCCGGCAACACUACCAUCAACGCCCGCAAACAGAUCAGCAGAUCCCAACAACCCAAUCCUAACCCAGCAAAAAUCUCUUCAUCCGCCCCAAGCACACCCUCCAGCAGCUCCACAAAACGUCUUCAACCACCACACCAUACGUCAAACCCCAGCGACAGUGAUGCUAAGGCGGAUACACAGCAGCAGAAGGGCAAGCGCCCAGCUAGCAUUGGCGUAACAAGCGUGAUCCCUGACACGGCCCCAACCGGGGCACCAGCGGCAGCCCCCACAGUUAGCACGCUACGCCGCAGUAUGGACCUGUCUAAAUCGGGCAUCAAAAUUCUUGUGCCCAAGAGCCCAAUGCACAGUCGCACUGACACUGAGGAGUCUCCAAGCGAGGCGGCACACAGUCUGGAACAGGAGGGCCAGGAGCCAGAUGCUGUGCCCCCUGAAGUGGCCCUGCUGGAGAAACCAGCUGGAGUUGUGCGCGUACCAGGAGAGGAGCGGGCUCGAAUGGGCACGAGGCCCAGGACACAAACAGCUCUUCUACCACCACAGACCCCAAUCACGCCAGCUGCUGUCCGCACAUUGAACGGAAAAGGUGUGACUCUAAUGGAGGCUUCCUCAGCAAACGGAACAGCCAUUGCACAAAGUGGUGCGGCAGGAGUCAUGGGCAGCUCGGGGCUGACGGGGAAACGACGUUUUGAGGACCGCGCAACUUUCGACAAGCGCUUGCGUUUCAGUGUUCGUCAAACUGAGAGUGCUUACCGCUACAGGGACAUUGUUGUUAAGAAACAAGAUGGCUUCACACACAUUCUGUUUUCUACAAAGACCUCUGAAAACAACUCACUUAAUCCCGAUGUAAUGAAGGAGGUUCAGAGUGCCAUGGCAACAGCUGCAGCCGACGACAGUAAACUGGUGCUACUAAGUGCCGUGGGAACCUACUUCUGCUUCGGCCUCGAUUUCAUUUACUUCAUCAGACGGCUCACGGAUGAUCGGAAAAAAGAAAGCAUCAAAAUGGCAGAGACAAUACGAACAUUUGUCAACACAUUUAUCCAGUUCAAGAAGCCCAUCAUUGCUGCUGUGAAUGGGCCCGCCAUCGGUCUUGGGGCGUCCAUCUUGCCCUUAUGUGAUGUGAUCUGGGCCAGUGAGAAAGCUUGGUUCCAGACUCCUUAUACAACCUUUGGCCAAACCCCUGAUGCCUGCUCCUCUGUAACAUUUCCUGUCAUCAUGGGAGUAGCAUCGGCUAAUGAAAUGUUAUUGAGUGGAAGGAAGUUGACUGCUCAGGAGGCUUGUGCCAAAGGACUCGUGUCCCAAGUUCUGUGGCCAGGCACCUUCACACAGGAAGUCAUGAUUCGCAUUAAGGAGCUAGUAUCUUGUAAUUCAGUUGUUCUGCGCGAAUCCAAAGCACUGGUGCGGAACACUAACCGGGCCGCCCUGGAGCAGGCCAACGAGAGGGAAUGUGAGGCACUUAAGAGGGUCUGGGGCUCUCCUCAGGGAAUGGACUCCAUACUUAAAUAUCUCCAGAAGAAAAUAGAUGAAUUCUAAUUCUGUUUCAGUGCCCUGCGGGUGCCAAAGCCUCCACAUUUGUUUGCGGACACCAUCCUCAAGUGCCUGAUGUUGAUGUGUUAAGAGACGGAUUGUCAGUGGUGAUUAUUCAUUGCAAACUCUGAUUUUCUUCAGAAGAAUUUAAUGGAACUCCAAAAAAAAGAGACAGGCUAGCGUGGUCUAACCCGCACGUACCUGCACGUAUUUACUUUUCAUCAGACUGCAAAAGGCAGCUUUUCUCAUUGAUAUACAUAACAAUUUAAUUCAUAGUUUGUGAUGACAAAUUGCAUGUCUUUCUCCAAGCACUGUCCAGAAGGAAAAAUCUGUUUUUCUCUUGCAUCCAUCCUGUCAUCCUUGAGCUUGAGCUCUGUUGUGUUGGAACUGCUGCCAAAUGUAUAAUGACACAGUCCUUGCUUUGUCAUACAAAUGUAGAUUUAGAUUAUAUUUGAACACCUAAUGCAGUUAAGAUUAUUUUUAGUAGGUAUAAGGUACUUUUAUUACAUUCAGUCUUCAUGAUGUAAAAAUCAUCUCAAGCCUCAUUAACAAUGAAUUUUCAGAAAAAUGAUACAAGCGUUUAAGUUUACCAGCCCUUUGUAAGAAUGAAUACUUUUUGGUCAGGUAGAUUAUCAAGUCAUGUUGAUGAAAAGAAGAAAGAUGAACGGAUAUUGAUGGCAAGAAACAAUGAAAAUAAUUGGCUUCGGUACAUACACUUGAAAGGGUUUAAGGAAGAGCACACAACAUUUUUAAUUUAAAAAUGAUGUAAAUACAAGCAUGUUCAGUUUAAAUUAGCAUUUAAGUACAUAUGAAUUAAGUAUAGGCUCUGGCUUAGCAAGAUAUAGUUGUUUGUAUUAGAAUGUUAACUUUUCUAGGUUUUACUGGCUUUGAAUUUUUUACAUUUUAUUAUGGGUUAUCUCCUGCUUUAAGCUUACACACUAUUUGCUUUGAAGUAACUUUAUACCACCAAAUAUUGAUGUAAAUGUUGUUCACACAAUAUUCCUAAUUUAAUAAUAAUAAUUUAUGAGAAAUUUACAAAGUCAGUAAAGUAUGCUGGCUUUUUAAAUAUGCAUCUUAUUUUUUUGUUGGACUGCUGUAUCAUCAAAUGAGCCCUGGAGAUUGAACAUCUCUAAGAGAAGAUCCUAGCUACUGACAUCAGUGAUGCCUUGAAUAAAACAAACUCUCUCUAAUAUAACUCCUACACGUCUUUAAUGACUAGCUGGAAUGAAUUAUUAUUUGUCAGAAAUGAUUUAAGAGAGUUGGGGGGGUUGGAAUAGGUUUCAAAAAUGGGUCGUAAGAUUUCUCGGACUACGUUCUGUCCACAUAGGAUGCCUAAUAAUGUGAUUUUGCUUAUUUUUUUACUGCCAGUGCAAAACCUGACUGUCCAACCUGUAACAAUUUAUUAUAUGAUUUUGUUUAGCAAUGAAGUAUCUAGUUUUGAAGAUUUGACCGAUUUUGUUCUUGCUGGUAUAUUAUUCUGGUAUGCACUAUUUCUUAAAAACUCAGAAUUGGUCUUUUACCAAACUUCCCAGGGAAGCAAAACAUGAUCAACUUAAUCGCAUUAAAAAUCAUUAAACAGUCUCAUUUCAUUCUCAAGAGUUUAGUUUAGCCCCAGCAAUAAAAUGUUUAAAUUAUGUUAUUUUUAUUCAGUAUUUAUUGACCAUAUGUCGUUUUUUUGCAGUGAAGAAAAUGUCAAAGAUAGGGUUGUGUAUGUUCUCCUUUUCAGAUGGUAAAUUGUCAUUUAUGAAAUUGUAUUUAUGAUGUGAUGAUAGAAUUGUUUUUCUUAUAAUUAUUGAAUGUUAUUGUUCAGAUAUUUUCAAAUUAGAUUUUGUUUU